UCCUGUCACUUCUAUUCUGCUCUGUGUCAGCUUGUGGUUUUAGGUGGAAAGGCUUUCUUUUCCCUGCUCUGUCUAGCAGGAUCUCUGAGGCAUAAAAUGUAACCGCAGCAAUUCCCAGGACUUUUCUUAUCCAACAGAGCCAUUGCUGAAGUGGACACAGUUCUGGAAACCUUCCAAGCCCUGAUAUGCAUGUUGUGGCCUGUCACAUUCAUUCUCCACAGUAACAGAGAGAGGAGAAGGCGGAAAGCGCAGGCAGCAUUUGGCUGAAACUGUACAGGCAUCAGAGUAAGAGAAAGAAACCUGCAACCCUUCUCUUUUGCUGCUCAGAUCAUUACAGGCUUUGCUUCCUGAUCCAGACGGCGAAAGCUUCAGCUCGGUCAUCUGAACUGCCCACUAGCAGGUUACAAAGAAGAAGUAUUCGGUGUGAAAUAAAGAUACAAGGACUGGACUGAAGACCUGAGUCCAAGCAAGGAAAAGAGAAUGUCUAGAGGGAAAUCACAACAUUUCCUGCCAUGACAGAAAAAGUUGACCUGCCAAUGGCAGAUUACAACCAGCCCAAGCUUCUUUAUUGCAGCAAUGGUGGCCAGUUCCUGAGGAUCCUUCCAGAUGGGAAAGUGGAUGGCACAAGGGACAGGAAUGACAACCACAUUCAGUUACUGCUCAGCACAGAGUAUUUUGGUGCGGUGUACAUAAAGGGCAUUGGAUCUGGAUUGUACUUGGCUAUGGAUGUCAAUGGACGCUUACAUGGCUCGUUGCCAACAGCAGAAUGUGUGUUCCUGGAAAAAUUGGAAGAAAACAAUUACAAUACUUACAAGUCAAAGAUGCACGCAGAUAAGAACUGGUAUGUUGCCUUGAAGAAGAAUGGAAACAGCAAAUUGGGACCGAAGACUAAUUAUGGCCAGAACGCAAUUCUUUUCCUUCCUCUGCCAGUGUCACCUGAUUAGAUCGUGUCUCUCCAUUAGAAAAGUUGUCCUGUAAAAUUAAGCAGCCAGUGAACUUUCCCUUUUGUCUCCUUUGGUUCUUUCUCAUACUGGAAACAAACAAAAAGAUGGACCACAAAGUACUUGAGAUGGAAAAUAUAUACUGCAUCUCUAAAACGUCCAUUCAGCCUCAACAAUGCCAUUGGCAUACCAUAGCAUUACGUACAAAAUUAAUCUGUUUAACAUGGCUAGAAAAGCAUUUAUCUUAGUGUAUCAUUCCCAUAGCCAUAGCCAGCUUGUAAUAGUUCUUCCCACUUUGAAAGCGCGUAUUCACGAGGCCCAUUUCAAGGUUAUAUAAGAUGGCUUUUAAGAAUACUUGUGUAUCACACAGAAGCAAAAUAUUUAAAACUAUACAAUCAUUUAAAACCAAUAGACUGU